AGAGCCAUUAAUCUAUUUAAAGCGCGUGCGCUCGGUGGCACUUCACGCGUAAAGGCGCAUCUGUGUUGAGAGAAGCGAAUGGAGUUGAUGAGCAGCGGCACGAGCGCGACCGCGACGGGACACACUCGGGCUGUGCGUCUCGAGUCGCUUUGAGGAACUGUACUUGAUUUUGUGCCCCUGGGGGCAGGAUGCCCGUUUCGCUCCUCCGACGCCAAGAUGUGCGGCGCUUAGUAGUAAACAGCGGACUGAUCCGACGCCAGCGCGGAGAGCCCCGAUGUCUUCAUUUGGCUUUUGGCACUCGGUGAUGGUGGAUUUCUCUCAAAUUACCGGCACGGAGCUCAUCAGCAUCCGGUUAUCGCGUGCCCACUCCGUGCGCACACACCAGACUUCUCUGUAAGAGACAGAAACACAUAGAAAACAAACCCCGGACUUACUGGAUACUGUGGAUACAUGGAUGAGGAACGGCGUUAUGUUGGGGGAAACCCCUCACGGACACACUCUCUUUAAAGCAUUUUUGGAUCCUUCAAUGUCACACGAACCAUCUGGAACUGCGUUUAUAUGUGAACUGCAGGUCUGCAUGGACCCAAUUUAAGCUCCUUCCAUAGGAACUGAGUCUAAAAUGAAGUUAUGGGAUGUUCUAGCUACGUGUUUGUUGCUCCUGAGCUCCGUAUCCGCUCGCCCUCUCUUCAACAAGCUGCAGCCUUCCAAGAGAGCUCCUCAAGCCGAGCGCCACAGUGAGCUGCUCGUCCUGGACCCAAUCAUAAACUCCCAUCUCGAAACAGCCACUCCGAAACAAGCCUCCAUGGAAGAACAGUAUGACAUCAAUGGACUGCACCCAGACCAGUUUGAUGAUGUAAUGGACUUCAUUGCAGCAACCAUUGGCAGAUUACGGCGGUCUCCUGAGAUAGACUCUAAAGCCAGGGGGAAAGAAAAAGUGAAGCAAAGAGGAGCAGCAAACACAGAGAGAGGAGAGAGAGGACGAGGAGAAAAGAAAAGAGGUCGAGGACGAGGUGGAAGCAAAGGGGGUAAAGGGAAUCGGGAUGAACUUAUCAAAGGUCAAGGGCGCGGGUGCCUCCUUAAAGAGAUCCACCUGAAUGUGACUGACCUGGGGUUAGGUUACAGGACCAAAGAGGAAUUGAUAUUUAGGUACUGCAGUGGUCCCUGUUACGAUUCAGAGACCAACUAUGACAAGAUCCUGAACAACCUCACCCAAAAUAAGAAGCUGGACAAGGAGUCACCUUCUCAGACCUGCUGUCGACCCAUAGCGUUCGAUGAUGACCUCUCGUUCUUGGAUGACAGUUUGGAGUACCACACUCUCAAGAAGCAUUCCGCCAAGAAGUGCGCCUGUGUCUGAUUUGUAUGCUCGGGCAAGUGAAAAGACACUGGGACAAAAUACAGAAGUCUAUCUCCACACACUCCAACGGGUCGAAGUCAGUGCAGAGACAAAUGCUGCUUCUUGGAGGAGAAUCGCAGGUUUUGAGUGUGUCAUUGUUUAUUCUGCGUGGAGGUGCGUUAAAAUAGAAGGAGUGAGACUUAAUGUCAAAACAAACUUAAGGAAAAGUACUUCAGCGACAGGAGCAACGCCUCAGUAUUCACUGUUACAGAACCGCAUCACAGUAUUCCAAGCAGGGAUUGAAAUGUAAAUGCUUGAAAUAGCAACAAUAACAUACUCCAUCAGCAAAUCACAGACGAAUCGCAACCCGACAGUCUGGGUAUACACAAACUAUAAAAUAGGCUGUUUGGAAGCGCUAGAGAUGGGUGCACUGAGAUUGGUGCCUGCAUGAAGAGAGGCUAUGGACAGCACAGAAGUGAUAUGAAGUGCUUCUUAAGAAAUAGCUGAAUUUGCCUAUGCGGACAAGGCAGAGCAUCUAUCUCACAACCCAGACACAACCAGCAGCAGCCAGAACAGACCAGUCACAAAAAUGUUUAUUAUU